GGCAAUAAUUUCGUCAUAUUGUCAUGGGCGGUUCUUGUUUUCUUUGGUUUGUUGUUUGUUAAUGUUGAUGUUUACAGUGUGACUUAAUCGUAUGAAUUUAGUAUAUGGUUGACGGUUGUCAAAAUUUCACGUCUGUCCUCUGGGAAGCGAAAAUGAGAGUUUAAGCAUUUAUUUGUUAUUGCAUUCAACAUUACACCGAAAAAAGUCAGUGAUGAUCAUAGAUUUGCCCAGUCCAUAGUUUUCAUCUGUUAUCUGCAAGUUCAUUUUAGUCGGAAUAAUGGGACGUGGGGACUUAGUUAUCAUCGGGCAAUUUAGCAUGUGCUCAGAUACGUAUGUACCUGACUCGGGCAAUAUAUAUGGGGGAGUGUAAUACUACACACUUAGUGCUAAGUAGUCGGGAUAGUAAGGAAUAAUUUAUGAUGGCAAUUAACAACUAGUGUCUCGGAGUAAGUGUUGGUUGUGUGGGACAUUGGUUUAUUCACAUCGAUAAGACUAUGACACCAAACAGUUUUGAUUAAAUGACUUUCAGAACUUUGGAUUUAUGUAAAAUGAGGGCAAGACAAGCUUUGAACAAUCGUGUUUGCAACUGACCGUCGACGUUUGAGAUUUCAUGCCUCACCUCUGUUAAAACUCGUGGCCUUGUGCGCUAUUAAUAUAUGACGUAAUGAUACCACCAAUUAGAGAACAGUGACUUAUCAAUCGAACCGAUGACACGUAAACCCCUACGAGCAUUCUAGAGUCCUUAUCGGUUCUUCUUCCUGCCUAGCCCUGUCUGUUGAGUCCAGAACACCAAUCUCAGCCUCUGCGGUAUGAAUCAUGAAUUUCGAACAUACUGGGCUUAUAUCCAAACCGAACAGACCACAUUGUACCAUAAAAUAGAAAAUAACAUUUCUACAAGAUGUAGCCAAAAGUGGCUGUGAAUGUGGGAGACUAAUUAAUAGACUGAGCAUAACUCAAGAAUGGUAAAUCGCAUAAUAAUAGUUCAUGGGUCAAAAUAAAGCGUAUAAUAGGAGGAACAUGAAUAUGCAUGGUUUAGCUACUUAACAAGUAUACAAUAAAAAUAUAUGUAUCGUGUCGUUCCCUAAAGAGUUCUCAAAAGUUGUUUAUUUUCAUUGUUGUUGAAUGAUAUUCUCAGAUCUAAGGGCAACACGACUUUUCCCGCGAAUCUAGAGACGCGUAAUUGAUAGUUUCACAUAUUGGAUGAGACGGGUUAAUUAGAAAAUACAACCAGAAGCAAUUCUUUCAGUGUGUAGUGACAGUUGUUGAAUGUCUAUUGAGACCACUAACCGAUCUAAAUUUGACAACUAUUGAAAACGUGGGAGCACUGAACAGCCGUUUCACCGCCGUGAGAAAUUGUGACCAGUGUGAGUAAUGUAUACGCAAAAGGUAGUGCAAGAUGGUCGCGCAAUGUCGCUAAUAGCGUGAAGUUAGACUUGCACAUCAUUGAACCACGACUCAGGGGUCUAGGGGUUAAUUAUUUUCUUGCUAAAACUGGGUUCUGUUUCCGGUCUCGAGGUUGUGGAUACGCACUUCGAGAGUUCUAUACUAGGACGAAGCGCUCAUAUGGUGCUCCCAAGUUUUCGGUGGUUGUCUAACUUAGGUUCGUGAUUUGAAUAACAAUCCUUCCAGGUGACGCAACUUUCAUUGUUUGUGUUACACCAUCUCUCAGACCCCAACCAGGAGGUUGUGAUGGACUGAGAGAUGUCAAUCCUGUACAGAUCUAUUUCAUACCUCAGGACCAUACCACAUAAACCAACCGCUUCUCCACUUUUUUCAAUCGGUCCAAACGUCCCAGAAAUAGAGCACAGUUUGGAUACUCGUAUCAAAUGUCCGAGCCAUCGUGGUCGAUGUUUCAGGAUGGUGAAGCCAAUUGAAGUCAUUUUGCCCGAACAUACGUUGCCAAACCUCUGCAUUAAUAACAUGGUGUUGUGAUUAUAUGUAGAAUGACCUCACCAGUCACGCCACCACUAGCACUCGCACAACUAAUCAGUUACACGAACUUUCUGAUUACUUCUAAUUGUUUAUCAAUAGGACUGAGUGCAGACACAGGCGGCUGUCUAUCUUGCGAAAGUACUUGCACUUAGAAAACGCAAAGCACAUGCCAUACCUACGAACACUGAUCGCCACCUGAUAAAGUGCUGAUUGGAUGGCUUAAAUAUCUUCGCACAGUAAGACAAUAUCAUCAUGGUUGAAGAUCGGAAAUUCUUUCUCUAGGAAAUAGUUCCACACUAUCAUUACUUAUCUUCACUAGAGAUGUUUCCAGAAUGUCAUCGAUAAUGAAGUUGAAGAUGAAUAAAGAGAUUGAGCAACCCUCCUUAAUGUAACUGCUUGAACAGAAGAAGUGGUCGCAUGCUCCCAUUCUGGCUGAGGUGUUUGUUCGUAUAGCGUUCAACAUGCUAAUCAACUUCUCAUGUACAGCCUUCUUUAACAGACAAUUCCAGAGUGCUGUUCUGUUAAACGAGUCAGUGGAGAGACUGGUAUCAAAAAACAAAAUGGUUGUUGGCCUGUAAUCAGCAUAGCUGUGCUUUAACAUUUGGUAGGGGAUGUAUGUAUAACCAAUGAAUCCACGACCAGAAUGAACUCCAGACUACUCCUUGCAAGUCAAUGUUUCAUGGGUCUUGGACGAUCUGUGAACCUGGUAACUCACGGUGGUUCAGAAGUUGAAGUUUCUCUCGGACUUUGGCAUCGUCAGGUAGAACAGUCAUCACCGGCCGUUGAGGAUAAGACAGUCUGAUGUUUUGAGCGGCAGACUAGGUGAACUGUCUCUUUAGGAACUCCGCCCAUCCUCCAAGACAUCGUUGGGCGCUAUUGACUAGCGUCUCGUCAGCUUUACAUUUCUGUUUUUAGCCCUAUCGCCCAAACCGAAUUGGUGUAUAUGAUCACUUCCGCUCAGUCUUCAGGUCUAAAUUUGAAGUUGUUUUGCAGUCAUGUUUUGAAACUUCUCUUGUCAGUGCUUCCUGUAUACUUUUUGCGUUAUCUUUUUGGGUUUCUUGUCAUUUUGUUAUUUAGAUCAACGUGACGGUUUGCCAAUACGGGGUUUCUUAAAUGUGUUUUUUUCCAAGCCACCUAAAAAUAACGGUUUGGCGACCUUUGCAAAAUAUAUAUUGUUUACAUAAUGGACUUCACAGUACCCCGAACAUACUAUACAGAAUGGUGGAAUAUAAAUACACACCGCUGCAAUCAUAUCAACAGACCGCCUGUUAACCAGGAAAUGUAUGGCUACGGUCGUUCUUUUGUUGCCGACUGGGCUCGUACUGGUGCUGUUAGCAUAAGUCAUGUCUCCGAUAAAUUCCAGAUUGAAAGUCAAAUGUCCACGAAGCUGGUUGGUAAACUUCAAUAUUUUCAUAACCCUGUUCCUUUAUUACCAACACACUACUCAUAUUCAUUAUCAGGAACUAAUAAAUCUUCGUUUAAUUAUGAUCAACAACUUGAAGGAGAAGAAAGGGGAAAAAAUAGAAAACUGGUCGAUUCAUCUACUAUUCGGGAUUACGGUUAUGAACAAUUGUUGAACGAUUAUAUUCUAGGUGAACAGGCGUGUGCAGCAUUUUUAUGUGGUAAACUCCAAGGAUUAUUACGUGCCAAUAUUUCCAAGUUUAUGCAAAUCAGUCAUGAUAUCAAUGGGAGAAAUGAUGUUAUUGUCGCCGAUGCAAAAUACAAUAGUAUUUCACAUAAUUUUAUUGAACAGUUAUUUGAUAUGUCUGAAAAAGGAUUGAAUGACUGUAAUUCAGUCGAUUCACAGAAUAAAUUAAUUAAAAGAAUACAAAAAUUAAUUGUUUCAGGCACAAAAUCAACAGAUUCUUUUCCUGGAUCUUUAUUAUCGUCACUUAAUGCAAAUUCUACCUCCGGGACUGCUAUUGUUGGUAACAACCAGCCGUCAACAAAACGACGCCGGCUAACAACAAAGCCAUCAAAAGCGACAAAGGCUACCGCUGUCGAAAUUGGUGAAGGUGUUGAUAUUAGUGCAUCUGAGAAAUCAGAACAGUUACUACCUUGUACUAUUGGUAGACUUCUCUAUCCAGCUCACUCAUCAUUGUCCUCAUCCAUAUCGUCAUCAUCGACAACAUUGUGUGGGUCAGAUAAUUUAACACUUGAAUCUGACUAUAGUAGGCUAUUAGCGUCUUUUGAUCCAUUAGUUAUCAGAUUAGCAAGUCGAAUUGUAAAUCCGAAUUAUCUCGGGAAUGGUUUAUUAUGCAAUGUAAAGACACAUAACUAUCAGUCGUUUACAAAUCAUUCUGACAUACUUUUAUGGCAUUCACUUCAAACAAAUUCCUUCUGUAUUGGCAAAACAUCGAAUCUGUUGAAAACUAAUAUUCAUGAAUCGAAUCGUUUCUCAAUUAUUCCCAUUCCAUUGACAAAACUUUCAUCCAGAUCAUUUUGUGAGCUUGAUGCAUCUUUUAGUGAGUCAAGUGAGAAAAUCGAUAUAGUCGGUCGUUUAUUACCAACACCGGGCAGUAAGACAAAUGUUGUUCGUAUGCAAAUUAAGAUAAACGAACCGAACAUGUCUAAUUCAUGUCUUGAAAACGUUAGUUUAAUACGUAUGUCAUCAAGUAAUUAUGUUACUAGUAUAUGCAUGAGUCGAUGGAUUCCAGGGGAAUGGUGUAUGGCCGGUAAUUAUCUGGACGGAAAAAGGGAUCGUAGAGCUAGUAUUCGGUUGUAUAAUUCAGAAGAUACUCGACUUCCUAUGUGGUCUGGUCACGUAAAUCUAGGCAAUUAUAUGGAAAAUAUAACAAAGGAAAACUCAUUGUGUUUGGAAAGUAUAGCAUCAUCGUCAUAUAAACAAGAUCCGGUUCAAUCAGAUAUUGAAUCUUACUGUACAUAUACAUCACGGAAACAUCUUCUACACCAGCAUUAUCCUAAUUAUCAUUGGUUACGUGUAGGAUUUGGAAGUUAUCCGGGUGAAUUGUGUCUGACAACCACACGUCGUAUCCUAAUUUUUGACACUCGUACAGCACCAUCAUGUGCUUACCAACUGUUCAACACUUCAGAACGCUCGUCUUUAUUAAAUUCAAAUGAUCAUAUAACAUAUUCCCCACCUAAGUGGAUCGGUGAUGUAUAUGUUUUAACUGGUGGUUACUAUAGUAUGGUUCUACUGGAUAAACGCAUGCCUAAUCGAACUGUAUUACAUUGGUCUCAUAAUCUUACAAAACCGUUGGCGUAUCUUACUUGGACCGAAAUAGAUAAGCAUUAUCGUUCAACGCAUGAUAUCCCACAAUUUCUUAUUUCUAUGACUUCUCAAUACCCCGCAGAUAUGUCUACAUUUGGAUUGAAUUUCAAUUCUUUCUCAGGUCCCCAGUAUAUUGGCCCGUGUCUAUCCGGGACGCCACUAACAAGUUUGGUUUCAUCAUUUCGAUCUAAUGAUCUCUUUCAAUUCUACAAUCAAAAUCCACUGCUUAAGCGACGUUUACAAAGUUCUAUUUGCGGAAUUACAACACAUUAUUCACCGGAUGAUACAAAAAAACAAUUUCAUACAUUGUUACUCACACCAUAUGGAGAUCUAUUCGAUUAUUGUGCUUAUCUGACAUCAGAUGGUAUUAAUACUAAUGAUUAUGACAUUGUAGAGAGCUAUCAAGAAAAAAGUCAAACAAUUAUUACAAAUUGGUUAUCUGAACUUAGUUGCGAACCUGAGAAUAAACAGCAUGUUAACAAUUCUGAAGAGAAUGCAAAGUUAUACAAACAGUCGGAGCUCAAAAAUCAUACAGGCACUUUAAACCUAAACAAUAUUGUUUCUGAACGGAGACAAAGUGUUACAAAUAAAUUGAAUAACGAGUCUAUUGGAGAGGAAAGUACCACCGAUAGUAAUACUAAUAAUAAUGAUUAUUUCACUUUAAAGCGUCGCUUAAAUACAUCAGAAUCAUUUAAUAAUAGUUCAAUGGAAUACUCAAAAUGGUUAUUAAGUGAUUUAAAAUCAAUAUGGGAUUAUGAUCAAGGUGACAAAUUAAAAUAUGAGGAUCAAAAUGCAUUAGGAUUCACUUCAAUGUUUUUUGAUAGUUUAACCGAAAAUCGUAUGCAAGAGGAAAUGAUUCAUCAAAAACUAAUUACUAACAAUGAUUUAAAUGAAUUAUUAGAUCAACGUUUAAUUAAAUUUAAAAAGUUAUAUAUUGCUAAUGCUUUUACUAAAUCUGUAGACGAUUGUAAUGAGAGAUGGCCAUGUAUGUUGACGCCAGUAUUGCCUGAAGAAUGUGUAACAUCGUUAUUUGAAUCUGAGUACUAUACUGCCGAAGAACUUUAAGAGUCUACUUAAUGUUUCGUACAUAUUAUAUAUAAAAAUAAUAUCUGGAAGCAAUUUAUUAUAUAUAUAUAUAUGUUGUACAUAACAAAGUGAAAAUAAAUGCACUUUUUUCUCUGU